UUUCUGAUCCAUACAAAACACAGUGUUACUUUUGUUAGUUUGAAAGUGAAGUUGUUUGUGAGUGUUUUCGUAAUAUAUAAUUAAGUUAAUGUUUUAAAUGAAAGAAUUGUAAAACCAAAAAAUGGAAGAGGAAAACUUGGAAUAUUUAAACGCAACAUUUCCAUGCCGUCGCCUCCAAAUUCAACAGCUUUACGAGUUCUUAGGGGAGCCGGACGAACCAACCCCGGACAGCUUAUUCAUUCACGGCGGCCCCGCGACCGGAAAGUCCACCAUAACCGCCGCCCUCUUACAACGUUUCGCCAUUCAACACGUCAUCAUCAACAUGGUCGAGUGUUACACGACUAAAAUCCUGUACGAGACGAUUUUAAACAAGUUUGCCGGACAUAAAGUCGAUCCCGGAAACGGACUGCCGUAUGCCCGGUGCGAUAAUAUGAUGGAUUUUGUGGACACGUUGCGGAAAAUUGCAGAAACCAAGAAGUUGGACGGGUUGGUAUUGGUACUGGAUGGCGCCGAGGAAUUGAGGAACAUGGACGCUAAUUUGUUGGCCGCCUUUUUGCGGCUUAAAGAACUGACUGGCAUUGAAAUUUGUGUCGUUUUCAUAUCUGAGUUGAUUUUCGAAAAGUAUUACUGCAAAAGCAACGUUACAGAACCUAUAAAAGUGUAUUUUCCCCAAUAUAACAAGGAAGAACUGUUAGAAAUUAUGUCCAAAGAUUAUGAACAUGCUUUGAACUUGAUUGCUAAUAAUACAACGAAACCUUUCAUGUUCGAUUUGCAGUUUUAUCAAAACUACUUGAACGUUUUCCUCUCAGUCUUCUACAGGGCAUGCCGAGAUUUUUCAGAAUUGCGUCACAUGUCCAGAGUCAACUUUCCAAAAUAUUGUCAACCGAUUAUUGAUGGUGUGCAUCGAGUUGAUGAUUCCAUGGCGUUGUGGCGAAACGUCGCGCCGAUUUUAAAGAGUUCUUUAGAGGUUUUAUACUUGAGAAUCUCUUCUGAUUCUUGUGGUGCUAGAAAGCCAGGGACCGACCGGAUUGCUCAAAGUUUAGAGUUGCCCUACUAUGCUAAGUAUUUAUUGAUAGCGUCUUAUUUAGCCAGUUAUAAUCCAGCAAAAGAUGACAAAAGAAUAUUUAUGAAGUAUCAUGGCAAAACAAAAAAGACCAUGAAAGAUGUAAAGAAGAAGAGUAAAGUUAGUGAAAUGUACAACACCCAAUUGGGUCCUAAAUUGUUUUCCUUCGACAGAUUGUUGGCAAUAUUUUAUUCAAUUUUGGAUAAUAAAGUUGGAUUUAAUAAUAAUUUAUUGGUACAAGUGUCUAGUCUUGUUGAACUUCAGUUGUUAACAACUGCAUCGGAUAGUUGUUCCUUGGAUGGACAAAAAUAUAAAUGUAAUGUUAAUUUUGAUUUUGUAAACACGCUUUCUAAAAUGUUAGGAUUUAAUAUUAGAAAGUAUUUAAGUGAUUUCAGUCACAUGUAAAUUAAAACCAUUGUUAAUUAAAA